CAGAAGGAACAAGAGGGGGAACACAAGGAACAAGAGGAGAAACACAAGGAACAAAAUGAGGAACAGAAGGAACAAGAGGAGGAAGAGAAGGAAAAAGAGGAGAAAUACAAGGAACAAGAUGAGGAACAGAAGGAUCAAGAGGAGAAACACAAAAAACAAGAGGAAGAACAAGAUAAGGAACAAGAGGAGGAACACAAGGAACAAGAUAAGGAACAGAAGGAACACGAUGAGGAGCAGAAGGAACAAGAGAAAACAGAAGGAACAAGAGGAGGAGCAAAAGGAACAAGAGGAGAAAUAUAAGCAACAAGAGGAAGAACAAGAUAAGGAACAGAAGGAACAAGAGGAGAAGCAAAAGGAACAAGAUGAGGAACAGAAGGAACAAGAGGAGGAACAAGGGGAGGAGCAGAAGGAACAAGAGAAAGAACAGAAGAAACAAGAGGAUGAGCAGAAGGAACAAAAUAAGGAACAGAAGGAACAAGAGGGGGGACAGAAGGAACAAGAGGAGGGACACAAGGAACAAGAGAAGGAACAAGAGGAGGAACAAGAUAAGGAACAGAAGGAACAAGAAGAGAAGCAAAUGGAAUAAGAGGAAGAACACAAGGAACAAGAGGAGGGACAAAAUAAGGAACAGAAGGAACAAGAUGAGGAACACAAGGAACAAGAUGAGGAGCAGAAGGAACAAGAGAAAACAGAAGGAACAAGAGGAGGA